AUGAUAAAGAUUACAAUUCUUGUAGUAUUAGUAUUAGUAGCAUUGAUGGGUCUAGUCAAUGCAAACAGCAGCAGUGUUGUUUCAUUAAACCCAGACAAUUUUAGUGAUGUUGUAAACAACAAGAACAUCGUAUUGGUCAAGUUCUUUGCACCAUGGUGUGGUCAUUGCAAGAGACUUGCUCCAACCUAUGAAAGUUUGGGUGACAAGUACACCGACUCUCAAAAGUACACUAUUGCCGAAGUCAACUGCGAAUCAUUUGCCACUCUUUGCAACGAACACGAUAUUCGUGGUUACCCAACCAUUAGAAUGUUCCCCAAAUCUUCAAAGACUCAAGAUUUCCAAGGUUCACGUACUGUUGAAGAUUUAUCUGCUUUUGUUGAAAAAAUCUUUACAAUGUACACUUCCAAAUGCAAUAAUAAUAAUAAUAAUAAUAUUAUAAACUAUCAAGAAUAA